GGAAGGAAUUUCCUUUUCCGGGUACGGGUCCCCAGGCGGAGGGAGAGUGAGAGCGCUUGAGCCCCCGGGCGCAGGACUGAAGGCGCGAGGGGCGGCCGGCGGCGCUUGAGUGACGGACGGCGGCGGGAGGGAGCAGAAGCGGCGGCGGCGCGUGUCAUGGCGGAGCUGGCGCAGGGCCCCAACGCGGCGCCCGUCGGGGGGAUCAAGGCCGAAGGCUUCGCCGACGCGCUACACCGCGUCCGCCAGAUUGCUGCUAAAAUUGGAGAUAUUCCCCACUUGAACAAUUCCACACCACUUGUGGAUCCCACCGUCUAUGGUUAUGGAGUACAAAAACGGCCCCUGGAUGAUGGAAGUCUUCGUUUAAGUUGGCUCCAUGGAGCACAGAUAAGAGAAACCCAGAGAAUAGGUAACCAGUUAGGGGCCCUGGUACAUCAAAGGGCAGUAAUAACUGAAGAAUUCAAAGUGCCUGACAAGAUGGUAGGAUUCAUUAUUGGCAGGGGCGGUGAGCAGAUCUCCCGGAUCCAGGCGGAGUCGGGCUGCAAAAUUCAGAUUGCUCCAGACAGCGGUGGGAUGGCCGAGAGACCCUGUGGGCUCACUGGGACACCAGAGAGCAUUGAACAAGCAAAGCGGCUACUGGGACAGAUUGUGGACCGCUGUCGGAAUGGGCCCGGCUUCCACAAUGACGUGGAGGGCAACAGCACGAUCCAGGAGAUUCUCAUCCCGGCAUCCAAAGUGGGCCUAGUCAUCGGCAAAGGUGGAGAGACGAUAAAGCAGCUGCAGGAACGAACAGGCGUGAAAAUGAUUAUGAUCCAAGAUGGCCCUUUACCGACUGGAGCGGAUAAACCUCUUCGGAUUACCGGAGAUGCUUUUAAAGUACAGCAAGCAAGAGAGAUGGUCCUGGAAAUCAUCCGUGAGAAAGAUCAGGCAGAUUUCCGAGGUGUACGCAACGACUUUACCUCCAGAAUGGGAGGAGGCAGCAUAGAGGUGUCUGUGCCCCGGUUUGCUGUGGGAAUCGUAAUAGGAAGAAAUGGAGAAAUGAUCAAAAAAAUCCAAAAUGAUGCCGGUGUUAGAAUCCAGUUUAAACCAGAUGAUGGGAUUAGUCCAGAAAGAGUUGCGCAGGUCAUGGGUCUUCCGGAUCGGUGUCAGCAUGCGGCUCACAUCAUCAACGAGCUUAUUCUCACGGCACAGGAACGCGAUGGUUUUGGAAGCCUCACCAUGGCCCGGGGGAGAGGCCGUGGUCGUGGGGACUGGAAUGUCGGGACUCCUGGAGGAGUGCAGGAAAUCACCUACACGGUGCCAGCUGAUAAAUGCGGCCUUGUCAUUGGCAAAGGGGGUGAGAACAUCAAGAGCAUAAACCAGCAGUCGGGAGCCCAUGUGGAACUUCAGAGGAAUCCGCCUCCCAACACAGACCCCAACGUGCGGAUAUUCACCAUUCGGGGAGUCCCCCAGCAGAUCGAGCUUGCCAGACAUCUCAUAGAUGAGAAAGUUGGUGGUACUGGCCUGGGGGGCCCUGGAGGCUUCGGUCAGAGCCCCUUCAGCCAACCACCUGCUGCGCCUCAUCAAAAUGGUCCUCAGGCGUUCAUGACGCAGAGUUGGGGCGGCACUUAUCAGACGUGGCAGCAGCCUGGGCAGCAGGUUCCAAAUCACAAUGGCACCCAGUCAGGCCAGAUGGAGUUUACCAAAGCAUGGGAGGAUUAUUAUAAGAAACUAGGUCAACAAACCCAGCAGCAGAACAGCCAACCUGAUUACAGCAAGGCAUGGGAGGAUUAUUACAAGAAACAGAGUCACGCUGCCACUGCUGCUUCUCAAGCAAGUUCCCAGCCAGACUACACAAUGGCCUGGGCGGAGUAUUACAGACAGCAAGCAGCUUAUUACGGGCAGACAUUAGGACAGGCCCAGGCUCACAGCCAGGAACAGUAGGACCUGCCGCCUGCGUGGGUUUUCUCUCUUUUCCUCCUCCUCUCCCUUUCUCUUGGAAUCAAUGUGGAAGUAAACCUUUUUGUAACAGAGGUUUCUAGAUUUGCAACAUUUUGAUGAAGACUUUUGUUUGUUUGUUUUUUUGUGAAACACUAGUUAGGAUAAUCUAUACUGAACUUUUCUAAGAAUCAGGAACAAUUAGUAAUGUACUAAACUUCAUGGACAUGCUGGGUAAUUUGAGGGGGUUAUUUUAUUCCCCCCCCCCCCCCUUUGGCAAAUUUGUAAGGAAAAAAAGGAAAUAAUAAAUCUCCGGGAUUCUUUUUGGAGGGAAGCCAGAUUACAGCCGGCAUCAAAACGUGCCCCAGAGCUGUGACAUUUCAAUACAAGGGUUUUGUGUGUGUGUCCCUGCCCCCCCUCCUGUGUUUUUAAUUUUAAAUCUUUUCUGUUGUAACAGAAAGAGGCUUGGAAGUCUUAGGUGGUAUGUAACAAAUUCUAAAAAGAUAAAUUUUUAAAAAAACAGUAUUUAAAUAUUCUUAAAUAUGUAAAUUCAUUAAAUAUUUUACUUCUAAUUUCUUGUAUCUUGGCUGUCUUUUUUGAUUUUAUUGCAUUUUUUAAAAAAAACUGAAUUAUGGUAUGUAUUGUAAUUAUGUGACUUUAUCAGGGCAGUCUUACUGCCUUACUGUCAAGCAGGUUAUUGAGGGGGGAAUUUUGUAGGGGUUGUAUAAUUUCUAGAGAUCUAAAGGGUUAAUAUAAGAAACAAUGUUUAAUUUUUUAGCGAUACUAUUUUUUCCCAUGUCUCUGUUGUUGGUUGCAUUUGUGUAUCUAAGACCUCCAAGCUUGUCUUAAAAAAUAGGAAAAAAACAAACAAAAUACCUUUUGUCUAUUUCAAAAAUAAAUACUGUUAUUUUUAAUAUUAAGAAGAAACUGCUAUUAGUAUCUUUAACAAACACUGUGGAACAUUGAAACAUAUAAAAUAGUAGUAGCUAUUUUUUAAUUCCAGGGCGUGUGUUGGCUUCCCCUCCCCCCCGCCCCAUUAUUGGUUUUUGUUUCGUUUUUUGUUUUUCUUUUUAAGUAUUUUCUUAUCUUAAUAUUUGUCAAAAUUUACCUAGAGAAAUAAAUUGAAAUCUAGUAUUAACCACAGGUAUGCGCUAAAUCAUUUUUUUGAUUUAAUAAAAGGGAUAAUAUGGUUUCCAAUGUUUACUGUUGUGCUUUCUUGUACAGAUAACAAUGUAUUUUUAAAGGAGAAAAAAAACCCAGAAGUAAAGCUAUUUUUUCUUGACAUUUUUAAUUGACCUCCGGGGACAUUCCGUUUUGAAAUGUACUGAAGUGACUGUUCUAAGAUCCUUUCCCCCUCCCCCCUUUAUUUCUUUAUAAUGCUUGAAAUGUCUAACUAUACAGAGACACAAUUGGAUAAUGUUGAGCAUGAUGUGUUUUAAACAAAAAAAUUGUUCUUUUUAUUUGACUGACAGUUGCAUUUUACACUCUCUCUAUAAUAAAAAAAAAAUUCCACAAGGCGUCUUGUGGCUUAAGUAUUAAA